AGCUGUCCUCCCAUGUCACGCAGUGUGAGCCGUGAUGCAGCGGUGUUGUGGAAAAAUCACCAGCCAUCUGUGGCUCUGGUCUACUCUGUUGUUUUUGACACUAUGUUUUGCACCUGUGAUGUUACACCCGCAGUGUUUGGAUUUUAAACCGCCCUUCCGACCGCAGAAGGAGCUGGAAUUUUGUAUAAUGUACAAGGAAUUUGGCUGCUGUGAUUAUCAGAAGGACCAGGAGCUGAUGUCUAAAUACUACCAGAUUAUGGAUAAUUUUGACUACAGUGGAUAUACCAGCUGUGCCGGGUUCAUCUUUGACUUGCUCUGCCAGGAGUGUUCUCCCUAUGCAGCUCACCUCUUUGAUGCUGAGGAUCCAAGCACCCCGGUCAGGACCAUCCCAGGCCUCUGCUCUGAAUACUGCUUUCAGUUUUGGAAUAAGUGUUCUUUCACCAUUCCUUUCUUGUCUGGUGACCCAUAUAUAGCAAACUUCAGAGAAAAUCAGACCAGUCUCUGCCAUUACCUGGAGAUACAAGACAAGGACUACUGUUAUCCAUAUCUGCUUAACAACCAGCAACUCACCCAGAACCUGGGUGGCAUUCAGGUGAACUCAGAUGGCUGUCUGCAGCUGUGCCUGGAAGAAGUGGCCAAUGGUCUCCAGAAUCCAUUAGCCAUGGUGCAUGCCAAUGAUGGCACACAUAGAUUCUUUGUGGCAGAACAGGUCGGCCUGGUGUGGACCUAUCUUCCAGAUCGGUCCAAGCUGGAGAGACCAUUUUUGAACAUUACCCAGGCAGUGCUAACAUCAUCGUGGGAAGGUGAUGAGAGAGGCUUUCUCGGACUUGCCUUUCACCCCAAAUACAAGUACAAUGGGAAGCUGUAUGUGUAUUACUCAGUGGAGGUGGGUUUUGAUGAGAGAAUCAGAAUCAGUGAGUUCCACGUAUCAGCCAAUGACAUGAAUGAGGUGGACCACACCUCUGAGCGAGUUAUUCUGGAGAUUGAUGAACCGGCAUCCAACCAUAAUGGAGGGCAGCUGCUAUUUGCAGAUGAUGGGUACUUGUAUAUUUUCACAGGUGAUGGUGGAAUGGCAGGAGACCCAUUUGGGAAAUAUGGGAAUGCUCAAAACAAGUCAGCUCUCUUGGGUAAAGUGCUUCGAAUUGAUGUGGAUGACAACCAGAGAGGUCCAUUGUACAGAAUUCCUCCAGAUAACCCGUUUAUACAUGAACAGGGAGCACGCCCGGAGGUUUAUGCUUACGGUGUUCGCAAUAUGUGGAGGUGUUCGGUGGACCGGGGUGAUCCAUGGACCAAAAACGGCAAAGGGCGUAUCUUCUGUGGGGAUGUAGGCCAGAACAAGUUCGAGGAAAUCGAUAUAAUCGAGAAAGGUCGAAAUUAUGGCUGGAGAGCUAAAGAAGGCUUCUCUUGCUACGAUAAGAAACUAUGUGCCAACAGUUCAUUAGAUGAUGUCCUGCCUGUUUAUGCAUAUCCUCAUAGGAUGGGCAAGUCAGUCACUGGUGGUUAUGUGUAUCGAGGUUGUGAAUACCCCAACCUGAAUGGCAUUUAUAUAUUUGGAGACUUCAUGAGUGGGCGUUUGAUGAGCCUGCAGGAGGACAAAACAACAGGAAACUGGAAAUACAACGAGAUAUGUAUGGGGAUGGGGCUAACCUGUGCCUUUCCUGGACUUAUCAACAACUAUCACCAGUACAUUAUCUCCUUUGCUGAGGAUGAAUCUGGUGAGCUUUACUUCAUGUCCACUGCAAUACCAAGUGCUACAUCACCUUCAGGAGUCGUUUAUAAAGUCAUCGAUCCCUCAAGACGUGCACCACCAAGACAGUGCCACUACAACCCUCUUCCAGUGAGAGUAAAAAGCAAUCUCAUCAAGUUUGUUCCUCAAGAAACGCUGGUUGGCAUUGACCUGCCGAAUGAAAACUUUCAGCCACAAUCCACUGAAUCCUAUCAAUGGCACCAAGAGCUAAGUGAUCAUCGAGGUGAAAUAGGAGCAGGCGUGAUUACUCCUGUACCAGCCACAGGUACUUCCAAAACAACCAAAAAUUCAAGGCGUAAAGGCCGGCAUAGGAAGAAUAAAUCCAAAUUGGAACGUGCACCUCACAUCCAGACGGGAGCAGUGAGACUGGUUGGGGAUUCCAGGAGUGACCGUGGACGUGUAGAAAUCUACAUUAAUGGGGAAUGGGGUACCGUGUGUGAUGACCUGUGGACCCUUGUCAAUGCUAGAGUGGUUUGCCGGCAGCUCGGUUUCCAACAUGCUCUGAAAGCAGCUAAGAACUCUGAGUUUGGUGAGGGAAAGGAUUUGCGGAUUCUUCUUGAUGAUGUUAAGUGUGUAGGCACUGAAUCCAGCCUUUUAGAUUGCAGACAUGCUGGUGUGGGGACACAUAACUGUGCCCACUAUGAAGAUGCUGGUGUGAUCUGUGGCAACUCAUCAUAUGUUGCAGAAGUCUAAAAGUUUAACUAAUACUAGUUGUCGAGAGCAAUUACGAAAGAGUUAAUGUCCUGUUUAAAAAAACAUAAAAAAAAUCACAACACAACACAGACAGCUAUUCUAUUUCCCACAGCAACAAGAAAUGAACAGUAAUCUAAAACUGCAGUUGUGUUAUAUGUUGUACAUUACAACGAACGUGAUAACUACUUAAGAGUAUUUUAAAUAAAGCUCACAAGCAAAUGCAUACAUUUCAAUAACCUACGGCAGGAUAGCGUGUAUACUGAGACAAACUAAGAGUUAUAAAUUAAUAAAAUAAUAAAGGCAGUCGUUUUUCUCAAAAUAAUGGAUCUUACUUAUAGUACAUUAAGAUAUAGUAUAACAAUUUAAUUACACACAAGCUUUUUCCUUCAGUACUUUUCAUUGAUAAGUGAAUACUUUGAAUUUUAUUAUUGGGUGAUAUAAGUUUGACUUUACAGUGUAAUAUUAAUUAAAACGUUGACUGUAUAUUUUGUGUCUCAAUUUUUUGUGGGAAGAAAAAACAAUGAGUCCCUGCUUAAUGUAAUAUAAAGGUGAACUGGAUAAAAGCCUUAGAGCAAAGAGGCAUACCUGAAACCUUUUACAUGUGAAAUCUGAUGCAAUAGUUGAAGA